UUCAAAAAUCAAAACCAAAGUCAUGAGUCCUUCACAAUUCCAUGCAAAGAAACCAAUCACCUCCGCCACCACCAACAACAACAUUAAUGGAUUGCUAUCAUCACCACCUUUGAAAAUCAACAAGGAAUCUCAUUUCAUCAAAAAAUCAUCAUCUUCAUCAUCGUCAUCGUCAUCAUCAACAUCAUCAUCCCUUGUUAAUAGUGCCAUGACACGGGCAAUGCCAACGUCAUUGUACAAACAACCACAACAACACCACCACCCGGUAAUUAUCUACACACAUUCUCCAAAGGUCAUCCACACUCAGCCUAAGGAUUUCAUGUCAUUGGUGCAAAAGCUCACUGGCCUCUCUCGCUCAGGAGAGGAGAAAGAGGAGGGUGGCAACCAAUCGCCACAACAACUCUCGAACCAAGAAUUUGGGGGUGAUGUUGCGGCGGUGGUGGGAGACAAAGAAAGUGAUAGAAAAAAUGUGAAUAUUGUGAAAAAUGAGGACAACGAGACAUCAUCGGUAAUAACCGAAGAAAACAAUUGUAGUAGCGUGGGAGAAAACCAAGUUAACUCUUGUUUCAUGACCGGGGAGCCAUCAAUGCUAGAGCCUAAGUUGAACCCUUAUGUGACAAAUUUUCCGGUUAUGGCGCCGAGCUCGGCGGAGUUUGUGUGUUCGAGUCAGCCAUUCUUGAAUUACUCGGACUCUUUGUUCUUCUCUCAUAACUUGAGAACCUCAUUGGAAGGGAUGAAAGAGUUCCUUGAGCAUUGAUUAUAG